AUGAGCCUACGGAAUAAAAGCAGCCGGACCACCCUGCCGUCCGAUGAACAACGCAGUCUAAAAUCUCCGCGGAGUAUCCCGAGUAUAGUGGUAGAUGAAUCGUCUCGCCCUAGUUCACGAUGGUCAGAGCGGCGAUGGGGGGUGCUGAGAGGUCGUAAAUCGACCGAGUCCGUACGGGCAAAAACGUCACCUGGCCCUGCGACAGAGGAAGAAGCUCCCUUUGAAGGCAUUAAGAUGAACAUUCCCUCGACGAAUUUCGAAGACCUGGCUUUAGAUACAUUGGAGUUCUCCAAGCGGGGAAGUUUGCUGAACGAGAAGAAAUCCACCUCUUCCAUUUCAGCUCUCAGCACUGAGUCUUCUAUUCUACCUCAAACAAAUUCCCCACGCAAACGAAUGUCGAACACUCUGCGCCCAAGACACUCGAUCUUCAGUACUCGAGCUGUGUCAGCGGAUGAGGACAUGCUAUCGCGGCGUGUCAGGUUAAUGUACGAAAAAGGCGAAGAUAAUGUAACUGAUGCUGAAAUUACCCAAUCGAUCGCAGAGGAAAAUGGUAUCUUAUGGGAAGAACCAACGCCUGUCGAAGAGGGUGAGGUGGAUCAGCUUCCCGAAGUGAAUGGAUCGACAGCGGAUCUCAGAAGUAUCGCAUCCACUGGAGCUAAUGGCGCUUUUAAGCGCGAGUCGAAGGAACUUGCUGGCGGAAUCGAAGACUGGAAUGACGUUAAUGCAGCCGACGUUGACAGAUAUGGAUUCAUUGUACCACGAACAAAAGAUGGUGACUGUGCCGAACCACAUCCGAUUCAGAGAGUGUCCACAAGCCUGCUUCUAGCAACUGAAACACCGCGACGAAAAAACACUUUUAGGCGCUCGAUAUCGAUGCAAAAGAGCAGCAGCAGGUCUCUCGCAAGCAAGUCACCUACUCGAGAGCGCAAGAUUUCCGAGUCUUCGAACCGGCCGAGUUCAUCACAAAGUGCAUACAGUCCCUCACUCAAACGAUCACCAUCUAAAUUUCGCUACGCGACAAACAGGCUCCCUUACAAUAAGGAUCGUCGGAUCAGAGACGAGGCUGGAGAUAUGCUGACACUUCCGUUCGAAAUUCCAGAAGCCCGUGAAGAAAUGCCAGUAAGUCAGGCAAUGAAGAAGAAGGAAUGGGAACGCGAAGAGAAGUGGAUGAAGAUGGCGAAGCCAACCAAGAAGACACAGGAUGGCAGUGGAAUGACCUUCGAAUUUGAUACCAGCAGUGCGAAACUGAUCGAGCGCACGUGGAAGGGUAUUCCCGAUAGUUGGAGGGCCUCCGCGUGGUAUGCCUUCUUGGAUUCCAGCGCUAGAAAGAAAAAGGGAAGCCCAACAGCGGGUGAGCUUAUCCGGUCGUUUCAUGAGUACCAGAACGUAUCAUCGCCAGAUGACGUUCAGAUUGAUAUUGAUGUCCCGCGUACGAUCAGCAGUCACAUCAUGUUUCGCCGACGAUAUCGCGGUGGACAGCGGCUCUUGUUCCGUGUUCUGCACGCCAUGUCACUAUAUUUUCCAGACACGGGCUAUGUUCAGGGUAUGGCAGCACUUACUGCAACACUGUUAGCUUACUAUGACGAGGAAAAUGCUUUUGUCAUGCUAGCUCGUUUGUGGAUGUUGCGAGGGCUCGAAAAACUAUAUAAAGAAGGAUUUGCCGGUUUGAUGGAAGCUCUAGGUGACUUCGAGAAGGAGUGGUUAGGAAAUGGUGAAGUCGCCGGCAAGUUGAACGAACUGUGCAUUCCACCUACAUCGUAUGGAACACGAUGGUACCUGACCCUUUUCAACUACUCAAUACCAUUCCCAGCACAAUUGCGUGUCUGGGAUGUCUUCAUUCUCCUCGGCGAUCCAGAAGAGUCCACAAAAGCGAGCGCAAACGGCGCCCACACUUCUAAACCCCAGCCAGUUCAGCCGACCAGUUCUUUCGGCAAGGGACUAGAUGUGCUACACGCAACUUCUGCCGCUCUAAUCGACGGGAUGCGCGACAUUGUCCUCGAAUCUGAUUUUGAGAACGCAAUGAAAGUACUUACAAGUUGGGUGCCUAUCAAAGACAUUGAGCUAUUCAUGCGAGUCGCGCGAGCCGAGUAUAAAGUCCACCGUCACCGCAAGAGAGGAGUUUAG